GGGGAGGAGGUGCUGGGCGCCGUGCGGAGCGGGAAGAGCGUCUUCUUCACCGGCUCUGCAGGGACUGGGAAGUCGUUCCUGCUGAAGAGGAUCGUGGGCUCCCUCCCUCCGAACAUCACCUACGCUACGGCCAGCACGGGCGUGGCGGCUUGUCACAUCGGCGGCACUACUCUCCAUGCCUUUGCAGGGAUCGGCUCUGGGAAGGCACCGCUGGAGCAGUGCAUUCAGCUGGCAGAGCGGCCAGGGGUGCGCCAGCAUUGGCUGGCCUGCCAGCACUUAAUUAUUGAUGAGAUCUCAAUGGUGGAUGGCAAGUUCUUUGACAAGCUGGAGGCAGUGGCAAGGGCAGUCAGAAAACGGGAUGAGCCUUUUGGAGGAAUUCAGCUAAUUAUCUGUGGGGAUUUCUUACAGCUACCCCCAGUCUGCAAGGCUAAUGAAGAAACCAAGUUCUGCUUCCAGGCAAAAAGCUGGAGAAAAUGCAUCCACAUAAACAUGGAGCUGACUGAAGUGCGGAGACAGACUGACAAGACCUUUGUCUCACUCCUCAGUGCAAUCCGUUUAGGCAGGUGCACAGAGGAGGUUACCAGACUGCUGAUGCAGACGGCUGCUCACAGGUCUGAGCGUGAUGGGAUCCUGGCUACGCGGCUCUGCACCCAUAAAGAUGAUGUAGAAAUAACCAAUGAGAGACGCUUGCAACAGCUGCCAGGAGAAGUGCAUGUGUUUGAGGCUUUGGACAGUGACCCAAUGCUAGUGAAGUUAAUUGAUGCUCAGUGUCCUGUGGGUGGUAGAGUUGAGCUAAAGCUCGGAGCUCAGGUGAUGUUAGCAAAGAAUCUGGAUGUGUCUCAGGGGCUGGUGAAUGGAGCACGAGGUGUUGUUGUAGGGUUUGAAAGUGAACAGAAGGGGCUGCCUAAGGUGAGGUUUCUCUGUGGGGUCACACAGCUCAUAAAAAUGGAAAAAUGGGUCAUCAAAGGACCAUCAGGAGUUCAUCUGAGUCGUCAGCAAUUACCUUUAAAAUUGGCAUGGGCCAUUUCCAUUCACAAGAGUCAGGGCAUGUCUUUGGACUGUGUGGAGAUCUCCCUGUCUCGUGUCUUUGAGAGUGGGCAGGCUUACGUAGCCCUGUCCCGAGCCCGGAGCCUCGCAGGGCUCCGUGUUCUGGAUUUUGACCCAAAAGUAGUGAGAGCUGAUCCUGCUGUGCUGCAGUUCUACAGACAGCUGAGACGUCAUCAGCUUCCAACCCAGGGUUCACUACACACCCAUUCAGAGGUUGAUGAGAAGGAGAACUGAAAAUGCAACUGAGAAUUGUCUUCUGGUUUCUGUGAGGUGUCAGCACAGACUGCUGAGAUGCAGCCACCUUGUUGUUGUGUAUAUUUGAUAACAUAGACAAAGUCAUUGGAGAUUUUUUAGAUCUUUGCUUCAUUCAGCUGACUCUGGAUAUGUAGAACUAUCCCUACCUCACAUUCCUGGAAUUUGGAAGGCUUCUGCAGACCCCUUCUGAGCCCCCAGCCUUGAGUACUCCUGUGUCACAAAAGCAACUCUAGCAAACAAAAUGACUGAGCAAGGAUGUGCCUGAGGGAUGUUUCUACAGUUUUAUCUUGUCUGAGGGACCUUCCUACCGUUCUCUCCUGCCUGCUACUUCUAUUUUAUUCUCUGCACAUACAGAUUGAAACCUGUGUGCCUUUCUUCAAGUAUACCACUGUUGAGAGAUGGAAAGUGUGUGUCCUCUUUGCUUGGAUGGAUUGUUCACAGGAGCUGCUGACACAAGGGAAAGCAUUGCUAAAUAUCUGGAAUACUUGAUUUGCCUGCAAGAGCAGAGCUGUUCUUGCUGCCUGACACUAGAAGGCUUUGCCUAACUUCUUCCACAAGCAGAAUUGUCAGAGUUGCACAUUGCCUGUUAUGCUGAUACAAACAUUUUUAUUAGUCUGUUGCAUACAAUGAGGUGAUUCUUUUUCAACUUUUUGAGAUGAGCUGGCACUAUUUAAAAAUAGGAGGAAGUCCUACAUCUUAUACCCAUAAUUAUGGAAUAUAAGAACUGUGAAGUUUCAUUACCCCAUGAACAAGAAGGGGGUGAGGAGAUGGGUGCUGGUAGGACCCUCUCUUGUUUAAACACAUUCAGAUGGGAGUUUCUC